AUGGGUCUGCGCGAUCUGCUGAAAAAGAAGGAUGGCAUCGAAGCAGAUGGUCCCGGUGCCGACAAAGAAACAGUGAACCAAUUCGGUGCCCAACACCAAGGGCAUCUACAUCAACCAGUGACUUUUAUCAGGUCCGACACCUUUAACCACGAAAUCAUACAGCCGCCCGGCGACCCCGCAGCAGAGCAGGAGGGCGGGGGAGACAAGGACAACAGCAUGCACGGCGGUAGCGGUAACUUUCUUUCGCCCGACGGCUCCAGGCGCCGCAGCUUCUUCUCGUCCGGGUCGUCGCGGUCGCGGGGCUCGUCGGUGUCGUCGGCGCACAGCCCCACGGCCGACGGCGGCCACAAGGACAAGGAAAAAGUGUUUCGGCGGCUCUCGCAACGUUUGCACCUGGCACGAUCCCCGCCCUCGAGCGAAAACGUGCCGCAGAACCUGCCCGAGAUCGUGGUGCGGCCUGAGGACGAGGCGAAUCCGGCACUCGAGUCCAAAUGGGAGGAGCGCGCCACCAUCCUGGCCAUGGAGAACGAACGCGUCCGGAGCCGGCCGCCGUCCCCGCCCGGCGGCGGCGGCGGCGGCAGCAGCAGUGGUGACGUGUCCAGCGGCCUCGCGCAGAUGUCCCUCGGCGACCACGGCGGACCGUCGGGCAGGAAGCGCAGCCCCAGUGCCGUGUCGAGCAAGGCCCUGGACGAGAACAUCCAGGAGGCCAUUCGCCUGCACGAGUUGGGCGAGCUCGAGCAGUCGACCAUGCUCUUCGGCAAACUGGCCGACCCUGAGGGCGACAACAACCCGCUGAGCCAGGUGCUCUACGGGCUGGCCCUGCGGCACGGCUGGGGCUGCCAGCCGGAUCCCGAAGGCGCCGUCCACUAUCUCUCCAAGGCGGCUUCCAACGCCGCGACCGUCGAGACGUUGGCCCUGCAGGCCGGCAUGAAGAAGGGAGGCGCUGCCAAAGGUGAGCUCGUCCUGGCCAUCUUUGAGCUGGCAAACUGCUUCCGGCACGGCUGGGGUGUGCAGAAAGACCCGGUAGCAGCAAAACAGUAUUACGAAACUGCGGCAAACCUCGGAGACACAGAUGCCAUGAACGAGGUGGCUUGGUGCUACCUGGAAGGCUUUGGUUGCAAGAAAGACAAGUUUGCAUCUGCCAAGUAUUAUCGUUUGGCUGAAAAGAGCGGCAGCAAAACGCUGGGCAAUUCCUGGAUCUGGAAAGAAAAGUACGAUCCAGGCAACGACGGAAAGAAGAAAUAA